AUGGCUGCCUCCUUUAUAAACAUUAGCACUGCCGAGAUCAGUGAAACUUCCAAAAAAUUUCCAAGAAAUGCAUCAAUAAAAGAUUAUUACAAAAUAGCAAAAAGUGGGAGUAACACUUACAAACGAAAAACGACAGAUACUGAAAAGUCUGUAAAGAUAUUGAAAACAGAUGUGUUUAAAAAAUACAGAAAUGUUCAAAAAACAAAUUUAGGAGCUUUUGGAAAAUUGAAAAAUGAUAAAGUUGGAAAGGACCAUAAUACAAGUUCAACGAGACAUAUGGGACUAUUUCAUAACUUUUUAAACAAUACCAAGACUGAACAAGAAUCCUUGUUACCCUCUACAUUAGAAUCUAGUUGUCAGAAUGAUACAGAAGCAAGUGCGUUUUUGAAUGUUUUUUCUAGUAACAAAAUUUCAAAUAUUAGAAGAGAUAAUGUUCUCCAUAAUUGUAAUGUAAGAAAUAACACUGAAAUGAACAAAGAAGAAACAAAAAUGGAUAAAAAUAUUGAAAAUUCAGCACCUACUAAUGAAAUCCUUAGAAAAUUUUUACGACAUUAUCAGAAACCUAAUAAUAUUAAAUCAGAAGUGAUAAUUGAGAAUAUGAGACAGAAAGAAACAAAUAAAAGAAAAUACAUUUUUAAAAAUUUUAACGUUAGAAAUGAGAAUAACAAUGAAAAUAUUGGGCAAAACAUUGAAAGCAUUGAAACUAAAGUAGUAGAAAGAAAAAUGGAUAUAGAUGUUGAACAUUCGGCAUACACUAAUGAGAGUCUAAGGAAGUUUUUACGGCAUUAUCAAAGGCCUAACCCUAUUAAUUCAGAAACUAUGAAUGAGGAUACAGGUAUGAUGGAAAAAGGCAAUGAGGAAGACAUGUUUAAAAGUUUUAGUGUUAAAAGUGAGAAUAAAGUUAAAAGAAGUUGGCAACAUAAUAAAAACAAUGAACUUACGGUUAACAGAAAAAUUAGUAAUAAUAUCGAAAAUCCAGCAUAUACUAAUGAAAUUCUUAGAAAAUGUUUACUACAUUAUACGAAACCUAAUAGUAUUAAAUCAGGAAUGACAAAUGACAAUAUGAAAGAGGAAGAAAAAAAUGAAGGAAAACAUACUUUUAACAAUUCUGAUGUUAGAAAUGAGAGUAACACUGAAAAAUGUGGGCAAAACAUUGAAAGCAUUGAAAUGAAGGUAGUGGAAAGAAAAGUUGAUAUAGAAGUUGAACAUUCAGCGUACACUAAUGAGAGUCUAAGGAAAUUUCUACAGUAUUAUCAAAGGCCUAACGCGAUUAAUUCAGAAAAUAUGAAUGAGGAUACAGGCAUAGUAGAAAAACGCAAUAGAGAAUGUAUGUUUCAAAAUUUUAGUGUUAAAACUGAGAAUAAAGUUGAAAGUUGGCAACAUAAUGAGAAAAACAAACUAAAGAUAAAUAGAAAAAUUGGUAAUAAUAUCGAAAAUUCAGCACUUACUAGUGAAAGUUUUAAGAACUAUUUACAUUUUCAGCUUCCUGCUAAUAUUUGUUCAGAAAAGGGAAAUAAGAAUAUAAAAUCUAUAGAAAAAACGGGGCAAAAGAUAUGUUCAAAAAUUUUAAUGUUAGAAAUAAUGAUAAUAAUAACAGGAAAAAUUGGGAAAGCAAUGAAAACAUGA